CAUGGAGAGUAGUGCGCGGCAAAUCCGAGGCCAAGGACAAGAAAUCUCUAGCCGCUGUUAUCUCUCUCUUUUGGUCGAGCUACUCUAAUUUCUUGAAUUUUUCACACAGCCAUGCUCACUUCUCUACGCACAGCAGCCGCUCGCCAAGCAGUGGCCACCCGCGUCUUCUCCCGUGGCCUGAGCACAGUAGCACUGGAGUUUUCGCACAACAAGGCACCUCCCAGCAGCAAGCCGCCCCUGGUGAUCCUGCACGGCCUCUUUGGCUCCAAGCAGAACUGGCGGGCCAUUGCCAAGAAGCUGAGCGCGCAGCUUGGCCGAGACACGUAUUCUGUCGAUUUGCGGAACCAUGGCGACAGCCCGCAUGUGGUCCCGCACACCUACUCUGCGAUGUCUGGGGACAUCGUGCGGUUUAUCGAGGACCACGGGCUAGGCCGCGCGGUCCUGGUGGGCCACUCGAUGGGCGGCAAGGUGGUGAUGCAGACAGCGCUGGAGCAUCCCAGCCUCGUGGAUAUGCUGAUCGUGGACGACAUGGUGCCGACAAAGGCCAAACUGGCACACGAGUUCGCCGAGUACGUGCAGAUGCUAAAGACAAUCGAGGACAGGGGCAUCGCCUCACAGAAGGAGGCCGACGCGAUGCUAGAGACCGUCGAGAAGGAUAUUUCGGUGAGGCAGUUCCUGCUGACAAACAUGAAGAAGGCCCGUGAGGGGGAAGGGAAGGGCACAUACAAGUCCAGGAUUCCGCUGGAGCUCCUGGGAAAGAGCCUGGAGGGCAUUAUGGGGUGGGAUGUGGAUGCGGCGAAGCAGUAUCAGGGUCCAACGCUGUUUAUUGCAGGCAAAAGGUCUCCGUAUAUUCGGCCGCAUGCGUACCCGGCUAUGCGGCAGUAUUUCCCAAAUUAUGAGGUGGAGGAGCUCGAUACAGGGCACUGGGUACACGCCGAGAUGCCACACGAGUUCAUCCAGUUGAUAGAGGCUUUUAUUGACAAGAACGAGCAUUAAUAUAUUUGCUAGCAUCGA